UUUUGUGUGAAGCGGAUCCCUUUUUUGUGUGUAUUUAACUUUCUCCGUCCAGAGCGCUCCGGAGGCAGUGGGCUCGACACCGGCCGAAGCUCCGUGUCAGUGGAUCCAAGGAAUUCCCGCGCCGGAGACCUCCAGCGUUCUGAUGUCCCGUACCCGGAGUUUCUGACGAACCCCACCCAAAGGCAGACAGCGAGGCCCGCCGGAGAUCCCGUCCUUUAUCCCGUCCUUCAUCCCGUCCUUCAUCCCUCCUAUCUGAGGAGGGUCAAAGACAAGAGCGUGUUUGCGUUCUGAAGGGGGAAGAGGAGCCUCUCUGUGCUUGAAUAUGGAUUUUCUGUUUAUGAGAGAAAGACACACGGAGCUGUUCUGAGGUCAAGGUCCAGCUCCACCCCCCUUCCCUUCCCCCCACCACCCUCAAGCCCCCCCACCUCGCAAUCCCCCCCGAAGGAGUCACUAGACAGGGUGAAUCACGACCGCCGGGGGUUGCUAUUGUUACGUUGAAUGAGCUAAAUAUUUGUAUUCUUACUUGGAGGAGCUUACGUAUCGUGUCGGGUGGGAGUUGAAAAGAGCCUCUUAUCAGGGGAGUGUUGCUUAACGAGUUUGUCUUCAUUCAACUUUGUUUCUUAAGAAACGUUCUGCGAGGACACGUACCUCUCGUCUCCCCUCUGCAAGAUCUGUCAGUAGAAAAAAUGCCGGCAAAGACACCAAUGUACUUAAAAACGACAACGCCCAGGAAGGGGAAGAGGCUGAGGCUUCGCGACGUCCUCUCGGGCGACAUGAUCAGCCCGCCGCUGGGCGACGUGCGCCACAGCGCGCACGUGGGGCCCGAAGGCGAGGGCGACAUGUUCGGCGACGUGGGCUUCCUGCAGGGCAAGAUGAACAUGCUGCCGACUCUGAGUCGGAUGCAGGACGGACGCUCGCACAGCGUGGAGAGGCGGCUGGACGACGGCCUGGCGGCGAGACAGGAGUCGCACAGCUACGCCUACAACGGUUACCACUACCAGCACUCCUCCGCCGGCCUGCUGAAGACCACCAUCUCCAUGCCCGUGUUCAUCGCCCACGAGCAGGCUCCGCCCAAACCCCCGCGCCUCCACCUGGAGGACCCCUCCCCGCCCUCUCUGGCCUCCCAGCAGAACCACUUCCACCACCAGCCGGCGGCGGACACGAGCCGCAAGCAAGCCAACGGCCACAGGGACCACCACAGCCAGCUCUUCGAGAACGGCGUGGUGGGCCGCCUAGCGUCAGAGCCCUGCCGCGACAUCUCCCUCCCCCCCGCCGUCCGCAGGCUCGUCCCCUCCUCCGGCUCCUUCUCGGAGGUCUCCUCUGAGGACUCCAUGUCGGAAACCUGCGGGCCCCUGGACGUGCGCCGUGGCCUCAGCCUGGACUCGGACGCCGGCCUGAGCAACGAGGACCUAAGGAGCGACCGCAGCGAGUCGCCCUGCUCCCCCUUCCACCCGGCCGCUCUCACAGUGUCGUCUGGGGUCUCGCGGUCGGACUCUAUGGCCGGGUUGGACCUGGAUCUGGGCCCAUCCAUCAUGGAGGACGUCCUGAGCAUCAUGGACCGCUACAAGGCCGAGGACGAUCGCUGCGAGCUGUGAAGAAAUGUUAAUGUGUACAGAUAUUUGUUUUAUACCAUAAAUAAAUCCUUUAUAAGAUGUUGUUAAGAAAGGAGGACAAAAUCAGUGGAGGAGUGGAGAAGACGCGAGUUUAAAAAGGGAAACGUUGAAGGAUUACAGAAAGGGGAGAGACUGGUUACACUUGUUAAGUGUCGGGACGUUGCCUCCCGACGUGACAACCGCCAAGGCCAGAGGCUGGUCCUUAAGAGCCAUCCAUCAAAACCAAACCUCAUAAAACUGCAACUAACCCCCCCAAUUUCGCCAACUCACAAACCCUUUUCUUUGGACAAAACAAACAGCCACAAUCUGACUUCUACUGACAAGUUUCUGCUGGUUAAUCGUUCACAAAGGAGGCAAAUGUUUCGAGACUGACCCCGGGAGAGAAGUCUGCAGAAACCACCGUCUGCAAACUCAAUACAGGCGCAACAGGACUCCUGCAGCGUGGAAGCCACAGCUACUGAUAAAUAACGUCACAACUUCUGUUAAAGCACAUUCUCAGUCACGCUAAGCUCAACUGCAAAUUGCAAUAACUUCUAGUAUGAGAACAGCAGCACCAUCAUGUCUUCUGAAAGACGACAGUGUUUUGCAGAUUCAGUGAAACUGGAGAAGCUUCUUAUAGUUUAGCAAAUUCAUUUUUCUGUGAGAAAUAUGCUGCAUUAGAUCAUUUUGCAAUAUUAUUUUCCUCUUCGGUAAACUUCUCCCAUGUCGUGGCUCACUGGCGGCCUCUCUAACAUUUACCGUCUGCAUUAUCACAGAGGCCUAUUAUUCAAAUGUCAUUUAUGCAGUCACUGUAAAUGUACAAAUAAAUAUUCCUACAAAGAAAAUGGA